UAAAAUUGAGACCUCGGAACAAAAGCAGCAGAAGUGUCACUGCUUCAAACAAAACCCUCUCAACUCCCUCAAUCAAAAGCCCUGAACCCUAGCUCCACUAACUGAAUACAAUGGUGAAGAAUGCAAAAACAAAGAGAAGAAAUCAUAAACACCCAAGACCCUCAAACCCCCCAGCAAUUGAGGACAAGAAACCCACCAUUGUAAAGACUCUCCCAGCAAGUCUUAUUCUUGAAAUUCUUUGCAGAACCCCUGUAAAAUCUCUGGUAAGAUUUAAGUGUGUUUCGAAAUCUUGGCUUGCUCUGCUUAAUCACCCCACUUUUAUCCACAUGCAUCUUCGUUUCAAUACUAUUUCAAGAGACACACGGCUUAUAUGCAAUUGUAAUCAUUUCAUUGCUUUGUUAAGCUUCAGUCAGCCCCCCAUUCCUGUCCUAAACAUCAAUAGGAACUUCACUACUAGGCCUAAUUACCCUAGGAGAAUUAACUUCCCUGAUUUCUCCAAGAAUAUGGUACUUGCUGGUUCGAUUAAUGGGGUAGUGUGUCUGACUCAUUAUAAAGAAAUGUUGGGGCGUUAUGUGGCAUUGUGGAACCCGGCUAUAAAUCAGUGGAAUCCGAUUGAGCUUGGUCGAUCCAGGUCAUGGCAAAAUGUGUCGGUUGGUUUUGGGUUUGAUGCAGUGACUUGUGAUUACAAGAUUAUUUGCAUUGUUCCGGAUUAUUACACUGUUCCUGUUAGUGCUGUUUCUUUUGAUAUGUUCAUUGGAUGGUCUUCGGUUGAGAUUUACUCUGCAAACCUGGGUUCUUGGGUAAAUGUUCCUAGAAGGAGAACGAUUCCUUUCUCUCCCUAUGCUUAUUCACAACAUUGUAAUUUUAUUGUUAGAGGUGUUCCAUAUUGGGCAGGGAUAGAUGCAGGGGAGUCAGCGACUCCUCGUCCGCUGGAGGUUUUGGGGAGAAUUGAUCCCUGCACUGGUUCAUAUAUGAAGGUAUUGUAUCCCCAGCAUAUCAAGAAUAUGAGUACUAGGGUUCUUCCUGUGAACUUGAGGGGUUCAGUUGCGGCUCUAAUUCAUUCUCCUGGUGAGCAUCCGAACCAGAUGGUUGAUUUGCAUGUGCUGGAUGAGAGCACUGCUAAGUGGACAAAGUUGUAUACUAUUGGGCCCCUCAUUUUUGAAAACCUGCAGAUUCCUCAGUGCUUUAGCACUGGUGAGCUUGUACUUGAGUCGUGGAGAGGGGGCAUAAAUCGUGUUUCAGAUCUGCUUUCUUGUUUCUGUGACCCUAAAACUAAUCUCGUGCUUCCUAACAAAGAAAUUGAGGUGUUACAUCCAUUCUGGGGUGAUUCCUACAGUCAUGUAGAAAGCCUAGUAUGUGUCAAGGGAAUGGUGCAAAUCGGGAAGGAGCAGAAUGACAAGAAGACCAAGUCCAAGACGAGGAACUGUUCUGAAUUGAGGGAAUUAUCUUCCGAUUUUGUCUUUCUCCAGGUAAGAGCAAUGGAGUUUGCAGGCGUCAUUGUAGAGAAGUGGGUUAAAGUAUUGACCAAUGCUGAUCUGGACUCAGAUGAGAUGCGAUUGCCGCCUAAGUUUGUUAAGAAAUAUGUUAAUCGGCUUAAAACAAAUUCCCUGUUGAAAUUUCGUAAUGGUUACGAAAUAGCCACUGUCUUCAACCAUGAAACCGGAACAUUCAGUGGACUGUCUACUAUGUAUGAGGACUUUCUCUUUGAAGUGGGUCAGAUGCUAGUGUUUGAGUUUGAUGGUUCUUGUGAUUUCAAUGUUUAUGUCAUCGACACUGAUCUUACAGAGGUUGAGUACCCUCCAGUUCUUCAUCAUACACAGAGUGGGCAUCCUCGUGUUGUUUCUGUGAAAAGAGGUGGCUUGAAAUUUGUUUAUUUUGUCAAAGAGGAGUCGCCCCUUUAUGAUGAAUUAGAGCCUCCUGCAUCGUUUAAAAGAUCAUUUCGUUUUUUUCCUGGUUAUCAGAACUAUAUUUUUAGUAAUGGGAAGAAGAUUGACGGGGUUUAUAAUAAUGAAAGUGGUAAAUUUAAAGGCCUGAGCAAAUUUUGCUCCAUUUUAGGCCUUGAGAAUUUUAGCCAGUUUAACUUGGUGCUGUUCACUUAUGAGGAACAUGGGAUGAGUUCUGUAGCUUUUUUUGAUGAUCACUUUGUUGAAGUACUAUUCCCUGGAACGCCAUUGUCUAUUGGUCAAAACUCAGAGAAUCCCACAGCUACUGGACGUAUUGAGAUUGUCGUGAAGCCUUAUCACAUGUACCAAUACAGCUACGGAGUGGAUGUGUCAACAGUGCAUAACUCGAUUACCGCUUUCUGGAAGAAGACAGACUACAUCAACCUCCACUCAGGAGAAAGGUCAUGGAAGGUGCAGGUCAAGUGUCGAGGUGUCAAAAACCGGCGUUCAACAAUCAACAAUGGAUGGAUCCAGCUUAGGGAGGAUUUGGGAUUGGUCGAAGGUGAUAUUGUGGUCUUAGAGUGUGCCCACUUUUGUGGUAAUCAUUUUGCUCUCCAUGUUGUCAAGAAUGAUGGUGCAUAGAGUUGGUUUAUUUGUUAUUAUGCACUGACGAUAUUUCCAAUGGGUCAUCCUCUUCUCACGUACUUAUAAUUACCAAACUGGUAGACUUUGCUGUAUUGUUAACGUUGGCCCCUUUUGUGUGCAACUGAAUAUACUCUAUUAGGGAGUAGUAAAAUUAAGGCUGGUCAUUACUUUUGGUUCAACCUUGGUUAUUUACUUUGGUUUAUGCUUUUAUUGUUUAUGUUUUU